CCCGCGCCCACGUGGUCUGAACGCACGGCCUCGGUCCUGCCUGCCGCGCGCGUCGGGUCGCCGAGCCGUCCCCAACUCCGGCACUCGGCGGCGGGCAGGGGGCGCUGCGCGUCCGGGCGCUCCGAGGGGGCGGGCCCGGGUCGGGGCGGGGCCGGCCGGGCUUCCAGGCCUGGGCUCUGGCCGCCCGCGCCACCGGGCCGCUCCGGGGACUGGCCGGGGCGGGGCGCGGCGGCAGGAAACAGGCGGGGACUCGCGGAGGCGUUGGGGACGAGAGAGGGCGCGCCCAACUCCUGGGGGGACGGCAGGCCGAGAGAGCGGCGCCGGGGCCUGGCGCCGAGCCUGAGCCCGCCGGACGGGAGGCGGCCCCGCCGCGGGCUCGGCCCCGGCCCCAGCCCCGCCAGCAUGGCCGGCCGGACCGUACGGGCCGAAACCCGGAGCCGGGCCAAGGAUGACAUCAAGAAGGUGAUGGCGACCAUCGAGAAGGUCCGGAGAUGGGAGAAGCGUUGGGUGACUGUGGGCGACACUUCUCUUCGUAUCUUCAAGUGGGUGCCAGUGGUGGACCCCCAGGAGGAGGAGCGAAGGCGGGCAGGCGGCGGGGCAGAGAGAUCCCGUGGCCGGGAACGUCGAGGCAGGGGCGCCAGUCCUCGAGGGGGUGGCCCUCUCAUCCUGCUGGAUCUUAAUGAUGAGAGCAGCAACCAGAGUUUCCAUUCGGAAGGUUCCCUGCAAAAGGGCACAGAGCCCAGUCCUGGGGGCACCCCCCAGCCCAGCCGCCCCGUGUCACCUGCCGGACCCCCAGAAGGGGUCCCUGAGGAGGUUCAGCCCCCACGGCUGGGCCAAGAGAGAGAUCCCGGGGCCAUAACUACAGGCAGCACCGAUGAACCCCCGAUGCUGACCAAGGAGGAGCCUGUUCCAGAACUGCUGGAGGCUGAGGCCCCCGAAGCUUACCCCGUCUUUGAGCCAGUGCCACCUGUCCCUGAGGCAGCCCAGGGUGACACAGAGGACUCGGAGGGCGCCCCCCCACUCAAGCGCAUCUGCCCAAAUACCCCCGACCCCUGAGAAGCCGGCCUGCCUGUCCUGUCGCCCCAGGGGCCCCUUUGGCUUUUUACAAAUAAAGACCCUUUUGUAA